GCCGUGACUCGGCUGGGGCGACGGCGGCGCCGGCCGGGAUGGAGUGAGGGGGUGCGCGGCGGAGAGAGCGCAGCCCACCGAGCUCCGGCCCCCUCCCCCCUUGCUCUCUCUCUGGCCCGGGUCUAUGCGGCCCCCCAGAGACCAUGGGAUCCAGGAUCAAACAAAAUCCGGAAACUACCUUUGAAGUGUAUGCAGAAGUAACCUAUUCAGGAGUCAGUUGCACUGGGAAAGAUCCUGAGGUGCGGAGGCAAUUCCCAGAGGGCUACAGUGACCAGGAAGUUCUACAGACUUUGACCAAGUUUUGUUUCCCCUUCUAUGUGGACAGCCAUGCAGUUAACCAAGUUGGGCAGAACUUUACAUUUGUGCUUACAGACAUUGACAGCAAACAGAGGUUUGGAUUCUGUCGCUUAUCUUCUGGGGCCAAGAGCUGCUUCUGUAUCUUAAGUUACCUCCCGUGGUUUGAAGUCUUUUAUAAGCUGCUCAAUAUCUUGGCAGAUUAUUCAGCAAAAGGACAGGAUAGUCAAAGGAGUGAGCUCCUAGAAACAUUUCAUAAACUUACCAUCCCUGAGCCAGGAACCUCUGUUCAUCUUGGAGUGCACUCUUACUUUACUGUGCCUGACAUCAGGGAGCUUCCUAGUAUACCUGAAAAUAGAAAUCUGACAGAGUAUUUUGUAGCAGUUGAUGUCAACAACAUGCUGCAUCUCUAUGCCAGUAUGCUGUACGAACGCCGCAUCCUCAUUUGUUGCAGUAAGCUUAGCACUUUAACUGCCUGCAUUCAUGGGUCUGCAGCUAUGCUCUACCCGAUGUUCUGGCAGCAUGUUUACAUUCCUGUUCUGCCCCCACAUCUAUUGGACUACUGUUGUGCCCCAAUGCCCUACCUCAUUGGAAUACAUUUAAGUUUGAUGGAGAAAGUAAGAAACAUGGCCCUGGAAGAUGUAGUGAUUCUUAAUGUAGAUACCAACACACUGGAAACCCCUUUUGAUGACCUUCAGAACCUUCCUAAUGAUGUGGUUUCUGCACUGAAGAACAGAUUGAAGAAGGUCUCUACAACCACUGGAGAUGGUGUUGCAAGAGCAUUUCUAAAAGCACAAGCAUCUUUCUUUGGGAGCUACAGAAACGCCCUGAAAAUUGAACCUGGUGAACCCAUCACUUUUUGUGAAGAAACAUUUGUGUCCCAUCGUUCUGCUGUCAUGAGGCAGUUUCUUCAGAAUGCCAUUCAGCUCCAGCUCUUUAAGCAGUUCAUUGAUGGCCGUCUGGAUCUCCUUAACUCUGGUGAGGGCUUCAGUGAUGUUUUUGAAGAAGAGAUAAAUAUGGGAGAAUAUGCAGGUAGUGACAAACUGUACCACCAGUGGCUCUCUACAGUAAGGAAAGGAAGUGGAGCCAUUUUAAAUACAGUAAAGACCAAGGCUAACCCUGCCAUGAAGACUGUCUAUAAGUUUGCAAAAGAUCAUGCAAAAAUGGGAAUAAAAGAAGUGAAAAACCGCUUGAAGCAAAAGGACAUUGCUGAGAAUGGGUGUUCUGCAACACCAGAGGAAUCUCUACCAAGGACAGCACCUUCACCACUGGUUGAGAAGAAGGACCCUAAAUUACGAGAAGACAGAAGACCAAUCACAGUACAUUUUGGUCAGCAGCAAAGACUCCGUCCGCCCCGGCCACCGCCUCCAAAGAUACAGCGUUCAUCUAGGCCUGUUCGCCCACCAAGACCUCACAUUGUUAAGAGACCCAAGAGCAAUAUUGCUGUGGAAGGACGAAGGACUUCAGUUUCUAGUCCAGAACACCUGGUAAAGCCUAUGCGACACUAUACAGUCUUCCUCUCUGAGGACUCCUCUGAUGAUGAAUUUCAGCAGGAAGAGGAUCCUGUCUCUGGCUUCUCUGAAAACUUUUUCUUCUCUGCUCCUUUUGAAUGGCCUCAGCCAUACCGGGCCCUGAAAGAAUCCGAUAGCGCUGAUGGGGAAGAGGCAGGCAGUCCCGAAAAACCAAAAGAGCUUCUGCCCGCCAGCCCUGUCCUCUCAAGCAAGGCCACAGAAAUAAACCUCCUUGAAGACAUUUUCCCUAACUUAGAAGUAGAAACACAGCCUCAGCCUCUCAGCCAAGCUAAGAGCCUAGAAGACCUGCGGACUCCCAAGGAAGAGGGAGAUCAGCGAUGCACGUUCGAUUACCAGAGAAUGGAUCUUGGUGUGUCUGAGAGGAACAGGAUUGUGCCAACCAUGAAGCUGUCUCACCCUUACAACAAGCUGUGGAGUAUGGGUCAUGACGACAUGGCUAUUCCUACCAAGUAUUCCCAAAGCUCACCAGAAAGGCCCUUGACUGUCCUUGGUAACAUGCCACCAAUCACAAGGAGACCCCGGAGCAGAGACAGCAUCCUGGCUUCUGCAGAAAAGGAUGAAUCAAACCCUGCCAUUCAAGGGAACAUCACCAUUCCUAGGCCACAGGGAAGAAAGACUCCUGAACUGGGGAUAGUGCCACCACCGCCAGCACCCAGGGCUUCCAAGCAUCAGACUCCAGCGGGACAAGCAGAAAUUCUCACCACCCACGCUACAGGACGUAGCCAUUUGGUUUCAGAUCUGAUCCCAGAGCCCUUUGGAGUUGGUAGUGUGUCCUUAGACCCCGAAAUCCAGCAGGCUGUAAAUUAUUCCUCUCAUCCAUCUCAGCUUUUGUCCAGUGCUACCAGCACUGCUGAGAUGCUCCAGCCUGUCAAGGUGAAGACAGAAAGUGCAGGUAAUGAAAGCGACUACCUUCUUAAUCUCCUGGAUCCAUUAAAAACAGCCAGCUGGCAAAGCAGUGGUCCACAGCAAGGUCCCCGCAGCCUGCAAAGCUCAGCUGCUCCACCUGCUGCAGCUGGCUUUGUCUCGGUGGCAAGUGACUUUGUGCCUCCUGCAGCUGCACCAUUUGUCCAGCCACUGGGUUACCCUUCCCCAGCACCACCACCUUUUUUACAGCCAUCUCCUAAUCCAUUUACACAGACAGUGCCAGGAGCCCUUUCAGUGUCUUUAGUUAGACCCCCAAGGGGCUCUUUCACCCCCUCCUUAGGUCACGCGUAUAGCUCUAGCUUCAUAACACCUAAUUCGAGCUUCUACCCACCACAAAGACCUCAACCACACAUCUCAACACUAUCCAUGCCAAACUUGUUCAGCCAGGCUCCCGCUGUGCCACCAGCUCGCUCCUUACUGCUGCCGAGCCACAGCCCUUCCCCAGCAGGCUCUCUGCAGCCGGCGUGUUUAAGUGGUCCUUCCAAAAGCAGAACGUUACAGCUGGGCCAGUCCAGCUCAAAGGUAGAUCCCAAGCAAGCACUAGCUCUCCUGUCUAAUGAACCCCCUUUGAUCCCUGCCAGGCCAGCUAAGGGCUUAGAGUCAGUGUUACUGUCCUCAAAAUCUGAGGAGACAAAAGAUCCAUUUGAAGAUUUGUUAAAAAAGACAAAGCAAGACGUGUCAUCCACACCAGGUAAGGUUGAACAGCUCAGAAAGCGAUGGGAAACCUUUGAGUAGCACUCCUGAUGGCCUUUUGAUGUCCCUUCGGAAUUGACAGAGGGGUUGUUUUUUUUUUUUGAGCCAGCAUAAAACCGAGCAUUUCUUUUAUGGAAGGCUGAGCCAGGGAUAGCUGCAGGACCAUCACUGAGCUGCAACUCGCACAGGAAUUUUUGCCCAGAGUUCAGAGUCCCCCCAUUGUCCUGGUCCCUGCAACUGCUUCCUCACUCUGCACCACUGAAAACCCCCAGGAUUCUUGCACUGACCAAAGCGGGACGGUAGUUGGGUUUGGGUUUGGUUUGGUUUCUCACGCAUAGCUUUUCAGACAGUACUACUGAUGCAGAAGUUACUCACUCCCUUGUAUUUUCAGUCCUUGGUGCAGCCAGGAGUGUGACACAGCGCAUUGCACUGCUGUUUUCUUCCUGCCUUUGUUGGGUUUUCCUUGUGUUACACAUAGCUGCUGUGGUUUGUUUUCAUAGGUGAAGUGCAGCAAACAAACCCUGACUUGUGGGCUGCACUGAAUUAAUCCAUUAGGCUCUUUUUUUUUUUUUUUUUCUUCCCUGUCUUGAAAUGCAGACGUGCAUUUAGCUUACACUCUUGGGUGAGCUUUGGUUGCAGAUGUUUGAUUUCCCUCCCCCUGUACACUGACAUGGAGAGGUAACAGGGACCUCUCUGCUGCGGAAUGGUCGUAAUUCCUUGUUGUAACAAAACCACAGCACAGGGCAGUUGCUCAGGGUUUGGUCCUGCAUCUCUGUUGGGAAACUGGAAACACCAGCAAUUGUUUUCUUUUUUUUUUUUUCCUUUUUUUUUAUUUGUUUGCUUUUGUUAAAUACAUCAGAAAAUAGAGGGCAUAAAGAGUAUCCUAGUUCUUAUAUAUGUGUAUGUUAAUAUUAUAUAUAAAUAUUAUAAAUGGCAGUAUAUGAACGGAAUGUAACCAUUUCUUACUUAUUACAAACAAACAAAAGAAGAGAAAAAACGUGGGGUAUCAGAGCUCCCAGCUCAUGAGUUGAAGUUAAGCGCCAGCGCGCUGGCAAGGUGGCUGGGGCGCAGCGGGAUCCCAGCUGCGGUGCUGGGCCAGCCGGGCAGAAGCUUGGAGCUGAGCUGAGGGGGUGCUGCAGUGCUGGGAGGGCAGCGCACCAGCUGCCUGUCACUGCCUGACUUCAGAAGCGCUAAUUGCUACCUUGAAGCAACUGGGAUUUCACUCUGGUCCGCAAGGCGCUCCGCGCCCUCAGCCUCUGUCCCACUGUGCUGCGAACCUUGCUGGCGUGACAAGGCAGUAACUGGACCAUGAAAUGGACUGUGAGGUCACGAAGAACAAAAAUGCAAUGAAAAGGUCAAAGGGUACGUUCAUUCAGAUUUUCUAAGACACUUGUCUGUGGCAAUAGUAUUCUCAAGAAAUUUCAUCUUAAUCUUAGCAUCCUUCAUAAAACCUGCUGUCUUUGCAGUGAUUAUUUUUGUUUUACUUAAGUGGUGCUUUUUUGUUUUGUUUUGUAUUUGGGCACAAUCUGAUGUAGAACGUUGCUCUAGAAGAGGUAAUCACAUCACCACUGAGCCUUUGAUAAAGGAAAUCGUUUUGGACAUAUGGGGAGAUUCUUGUAAAGCUUUAUCUGAUUUCCAAUGUAUCUAUUUUAUUCAUAUAAUCUUGGAAGUUUUCUUACUCUGGUGUAUGGAAAUGGCUGUCUAUGCUUUUGAGUCUGUGCAGUACAAAAGAAAAAUACUCUUAAUAGCUGAAAUGCCAAGUUUGGGAAAGACCUUAGUAUUACAUUAAUAUUAUAUUUCUGUAAAGUACUAUUACUCUGACAAGCCAAUCAGUUGGAUUUGUAUUUUCUUUUUGUGUUGGAAGACAGAUGGUUUUAGUAUUGCAUAGUAAAAUAUUUAAAGUCUAAGAUAAUAGUUCCAUUUUAUUUUAUACAGUUCAGAAUAUGAAUGUUAUAUAUGAAUUCAGUCUGGAAUUUCAGAUCUUUGCUGUGAGCUAGGUGAUGAAGCUUUCUCAGUGAUGGUGGAGAUGUACAGGCACCAGAAAGCUCUGCAUACGACAUGCCUUCUGAAUUUCACAUCAUCUUUUUUAAAAUUUUUAAUGUCACACACUGAUUAUAUACUGAGUAGGCCUGUUAUGCAUGCUUAACUAAAUAGAAAAAUGCUCAGGUAAUUCUGUAUCACUGCAAAUCAUUUUCCAUCACUGGUUAUUUUACUCUGCCCAUGUUAUAGAAUAUUUUAUGCAGUUGGAUUUUUAGACAAACAAGCACUCUUGGAUUAUUUUUUUAAGUCAGUUUUGAGGCACUGAAAAGUAUUAAUGCUUAACAUAAAUGGCAUUAAUCACCCUUCACUUGAUUUUGAAGGGGCAAGGGGGGAGUUUGGACACACCUCUGAGGUCCAGGAGUGCCAGGCAGCACGAUCCUGGACUUUGUGACCUUCCUCACUUCUUGAAUAGAAUUUGCAAGCAGGAGACUGGUUUACAUGCUUCUCGUAAUAAACUGCCCUGUCCCUAGGGCAGUAUCUAGGCUUUUUGUCUUAUUUAAUCUCAGGAAUUCCUUAUGUGAUUCAUUCCUAAUAGUACCAGAUGUAAACAAAGUGUGCUUGUCUGGGAGAGCAAGCUUGGAUGUAAACCGUUUCUUUUUCUGAUGUAGAAGUAUUUUUGAUGUUUUUACUAACCAAGUAUAAGUGUUCCUGCCAUUAUUGAUCAAUGACUUUAUAUUCAGCUUUGUACAUUUUCCUCUACACGCCAUACUUGUUUGCUUGUGUGGUACUGCUUUGCUUAUUUACAGAUGCUUUCUUCCAUUAGAAACGACUUUUAUUUAAAAGAAAAAACAACAAAGUUUCUGAUGCAUCCGA